AUGUUUAAAGCAUCUUUCAAAUUACGCAGCAACCGCUCUCCACGACGAACAAACAGCCCGACUAGUCCUUCGGGCUAUGAGAAAAUGCCCAAACGAAGAUGAAGAAGGUCCAGCAUUAAUUAUAGUAUGGAACGACGCUGGUUUUAACGACAUCCCAGCUGCCGCAAUGGCAUCCGGCGACAAACUAAGCAGCCCUUAUUGUCGCCACUGGACCUAUGCCAGCAACACAGUAUUCAAUGGAACUUACAAUUCCUGCCUGGUAUGA